AUGAACGGUCUCCCCGCUGUGACGCAGGACAGGAGCCCGAACGCUUCACCUCUCAACCGGGUACGGAGGAACAGGAGGAAGAGAACAACUGACGGGGGCAAUGAGGAGUUCUCCAGUCCGGGGAAAGAUCACCCGACACCGCGCGAUAUUAGCGAAGCUCCUGUUCUACACAGAAGACACAAAUCCACGGGAGUGAAGAAAACCCGUCCGGGGGAGGUUCUGGUACACAAGUCCUGGCCGCUGGGUGGCGCAGUUUUACGGCCGUCCACUGUAGAUCUCAACGCCAUCAGCCAGCUGGGAGUUGGCGCCAAACCUCUGCCGCCCAUCCAGCGGAAAGCGUCCGGCGGGUUAGGGCCUGUCACGGAGUACGAGGUGGAGAAAGGCGUGAAACCCACGUUCGGUGAUCUACCUAGCUUACAGCUUUAUCCAAACGGCAAGAAACGUUCGUUUUAUGGAGCUGGAGUGAGUGGACUUCAUGCAAACGGACAGAAAACUGACCAAAGUCUGCCGAAAGACAGCCAGGAAAAGCGAAGCUAUGAAAGGCGCCAUAAACUGAACAUAACUGAUGAAGACACAACCAACAAUACUGGACAACUAGGGGGAACGCUCUUAGGUGGAGACGCCCCUUCAAAAGAAAUGUUGCAGAUGCAGAAUAAUCACAGGAACACAGUUUCACGUGAACGUCACAUCCAAAAUGGCCCGACUCGGGAAGCCACAGAGGAGGAGAUCAUUUCUUUAGACAACAAUAACGGUGUGAAUCGCAACAACAACAUGACCACAGCCCAAACUGGAGCGUCCUGGAAGGGGUUGUUGUCAGGGCUGGUGGGGCGGAUGCGGCUGAUGGCCCGCCGGGACAAGCCGUCAGACGAGGUGGAGUCAGCGGUCUCCCGCCAUAUCCAGCAGCACAGGGAGGAGGCGAGCAGACUCACACGGGCCAGGUUAGUGGCAGUUCUGUCUCUGGACAGGUGA